CCAGUAUUUGUUGAUACUAUUUCCAGAUGGAUAAAAGAGAUAUUACAUCUCUUAAACCCAGACCUUAUAGCUAAAGACACAUGUGUUCUAUCAGUAUUCUUUGCCCAAAAUGCUGAAGUCGACUUGCCAACAAUUCUGGUAUUAGAAAACUGGUCAAAUAAUGAAGUUUACUAA